AUCUAUCACUGACAGUGCACCACUGAAAAAUUUCCGAAUCUGAUAAUUUCUCACUGGAAUUAUUCCAUGCACAGUCUCAUUAUGGAGAUAAACAGGACAGUGUAGGUGUGCCUCAGAGGACAAACAGUUAAACAAAGGCCGCUUUGGAGUAACUAUAGGCCGAAACCUGAAACCCAGAGAGUUCUGGUAACCCUACACUCUGUACCCCUAGAGGAGAGGCAGAACAAAUUCUCAGGCUAAACAGAGUGAUUUGGAACCAAGGAGGUGAGAAGAGGAGGCUGCAGGACAUGUGCUGCGUUCUGCUGUAGUCAGGUUUUCCAGGGAAUAAAGAAGUAGCAAGUGGACUCAUCUCCCUCCCUGUUCAGCAGCUGUACCAGAGGACAUCCAGGCAGACCACACCCAGACUCCAUCACCAUCAGGAACAAUAUCCUCCUCUUACCUCCCAGGCUUUAAAUCACAGUCUGGACAUCUGCAUCUUAGAACUUUUCAACACCAAACUGGAAUAGAUACUAUAGGACCUGUCUUGUCUUCCUGUGUGUCUCCUAUUCUCAAGUGUGUGUGUGAGCAAAUGAGUGUGUUUUUGACAUCGUUGGGAGCCGGCAGUCUUCUUUCCUCUCUCAGGAUGUCUGCAGUACAGGAGCUGUUGAUACUGCCUUUGGUCAUCAUGGCACUCAAAGCAUCUCUGUGCCAUGGAGCCUGUGUGGAGGUGGAUUCAGACACAGAAGCUGUUGCUAACCAAGGAUUCAAAUUGGGCUGCAUCUCUUGUAAGAUGAGGGGUGAGGUUCCAGCCACUGCCGCAGUCAACUGGUACUUCAAGGCUUCAGAUGAUGAUGAGUUCUCUCAUUUAUACAGCUAUGAAGAUCUAAUCGGAGAUGUCAUUGACCCACGUUUCUAUGAGCGUCUGGAUUGGAAUGGCAGCAAGCAAACCAAGGAUCUCCAGGAUGGCUCCAUCUAUAUCCUCAACGUGACCUAUAAUGACACGGGAACCUACCAGUGCAGAUUCAACCGGGUCCUCAUGUACCCUAACUAUGAGUUUCAAACCAACGCCAGCAAGACUAUCAUCAUUAACGUAGUGCCACGACUCACCAGGGGAAUGGCAUCCAUCUUUUCUGAGGUGAUGAUGUACGUCUCCAUUAUCGGGCUGCAGUUCUGGCUGGUGGUUGAGAUGGUUUACUGUUACAGAAAGAUUGCAGCAGCUGGAGAGGAAGCCUUAAGAGAGAGCGCGGCGGAGUAUUUAGCUAUAGCAUCGGAAAGUAAAGAUAAUUGUGCAGGUGUACAAGUGGCAGAAUAGCAC